AUGUCUGUGAGGAAUAAAAAAACUAAUAAAGCACAGAUGGAAAUGAUUGUGAACUUUUUGGAACAAAAUAGAGUACUAGUAACUGGAAAAACGCAUCCCUUGAAUCCCAGUGAGCUUGAUGAUAAGUGGGAAGAAUUAACAGUAUUACUGAAUACUGUUGAAAAUGGGGCCCGAAAAGAAAAAAAACAAUGGAAAACCUACUUAUAUGAAUGGAAAUCAAAAACUAAGAAGAAAGCUCGCUUGAAUUAUAAUUCUAUCAGGCAGACAGGUGGUGGUGGAUAUAUUUGCACGGACUUAGGUGAUCUUGAAAAUCGGCUCAUGGCAAUUUUUGGAUGGAUUCAUAUAAUUGGAUGUCCUGAAGCACCACCUGAGGUAGACCCUGAUGGUGAAGAGGUUGAAAACAUAGAAAUAAUACUCAUGGAAGCUAAUAAUGGAAGUCAGUCUCCUGAGCUUAGUAUUGAAAAUGACAUACCAAUUAUCCAACCAGAGACAGCUACAUCUAAGAAAAAUGAAGCAGGUGCUACUUUCCCAAAAAUUCCAAUUCCACAGAGGAAAAAAAAAGUUAAGACAAUUAGUUCUUCCACAAAGCUGGAGAAUUAUGCUAUGCUUUAUAGCCAUAGCACUGAACAAAUGGCUAUAGCAGUCAAAGAAAUGGCUGCUGCAAUUUCUCAGCUCGCAGAAGCUCUCUCAAACAUUACCACAGCCCUGAUCAAGGAAAAUACCUCUUUUAAGCCCUGA